UGCGCUCCGUGUAUUCCAUGGCCUUUGAACCCAUUGUUGUGUCGCGGGUGACGUCAGUCCCGUGUGGAGGAGACAGUCUGAGCGGCGUGCGCUCGGCGAGACAAAGGCGGUGGACCAGGGUCAGGGAACAGGAGGGAGAAGGAGCAAGAAACUGGGUCUAACUCAAAGCGUGCUAGCUAGCUUGCUAGCUCACAGGGCACACUGGUCGCCUCCCGGCUGCUUCUCAUCUUUCCUUCAAGAAAUAACCAGACGCAAGAGGGAUCAAAGAGAAAGGGCAAGACACUCAAGUGCGCGCUCAACUCAUUUCUUGGUCCAUUUGGGAUCUGAUGUGAUUUCCACGGGAAGAUGCCUAGCCCAUUAUUCCACCCCGAGAUUAUGGACCACGACAUGGUAGUCAGCAGUCAGCACAAUGGGGUUGGUCUAAUCCGAGAAACGGACCAAGAAUCCCGGGAUGAGGAUCACCAAGAAGCGCUCCGGUACGCCCUAGACCAGCUGUCACUGAUGGCCCUGGAAAAGGUGGACUGUGGUGGCAACGGAGGGGGACUGGUGGACCCGCUCGACGGGACCCAGGGACCGGGCUCCGAGAACUGUAACGGGGGAGGUUACGUGGACCUACAAAUGAUGGAACACCCCAAUGGUUCACGGGACAGUCCGACGUCCUGCUCCCCGUCCCCAGAGUACUACGGCUCAGGCGGGUACCACAUGGCCGCUUCACACUCCAUGCUCCACGGGGAACAAAGCAGCGUCCUCUGUAACCGAAAGAGAAGUGUCAACAUGACCGAGUGCGUGCCCGUCCCCAGCUCCGAACAUGUGGCCGAGAUCGUGGGACGACAAGGCUGUAAGAUCAAGGCCCUGCGUGCCAAGACCAACACCUACAUCAAGACCCCGGUGCGCGGGGAGGAGCCAGUGUUCAUCGUGACGGGCCGCCGCGAGGACGUGGAGAUGGCCAAGCGGGAGAUCGUGUCGGCCGCCGAGCACUUCUCCAUGAUCCGGGCGUCCCGCUGCAAGGCCGGAACCGGCACCGGGGGGGGCACCCUCCCCGGGCCCCCUCACCUACCCGGGCAGACCACUAUACAGGUGCGGGUUCCCUACAGGGUGGUGGGUCUGGUCGUGGGCCCCAAGGGUGCCACCAUCAAGCGCAUCCAGCAGCAGACCCACACCUACAUCGUGACCCCCAGCCGGGAGAAGGACCCGGUGUUCGAGGUGACGGGCAUGCCGGAGAACGUGGACCGCGCCCGCGAGGAGAUCGAGACCCACAUCACCCUGCGGACCGGCGCCUUCGUGGACCUCCAGGGGGACAACGACUUCCACACCAACGGCACCGACGUCAGCCUGGAGGGCCUGGGCGCCCUCAGCGCCGGCCUGGGGGCGGCCCUGUGGUCCAAGGCCACCGGGCACCACGGCGGACCCCCGCCGCCGCCGCCCCCCCCGCCGCCGCCCAUGUCCGGCCCGCACUCCUCCUCCUCGUCCUCCUCCAACCGCAAGAUGUCCUCCACGGCGUCCUACCACGCGCACAGCGGCAGCGGGAGCUCCGACGGCUACAGCGCCGCCCGCAAGGCCAAGGACGGGGGCAGCCCCACCAGCCCCUUCAGCACCGGCUCCAGCAGCGCCGGGGGUUUCACCUUCGGCGGGGACGCCGCCAUGCCCACCUCAGAGGAGCUGGGCUUUGAGUUCAGCUCCGCCAACAUCUGGGCGCCCUUCGUCAACGGCGGCGGCGGCAAGUCCUCCGGCUCCGCCCAGCAGCAGCAGCAGCAGCAGCAGCCGCUGCGUCGGAACAGCAGCGGGCUGAGCGGCGGGGUGGUGACCCCCCGGCUGUCCCCCACGCUGCCCCAGGACGCGGCGGUGGGCCCCAUGGACCACCCGCUGGCCCGCCGCGCCCAGAGCGACCCCCUCAGCACGCUGUCCUGGCUGCAGUCGGGCGGCGCGGGUUCCUUCUCCGGCGCGUCCAGCUCCAGCUCGGGGGGCUCGUCCACGGGCUACUCCUCCUGCUCGGCCUCCUCCCUGCCCGGGGGCUCGCCCACCGAGUCGGAGGGCGGCAGCGGCCUCAGCGCCGGCAUGCUGAGCCGGCUGAAGGCCACGCCAGGGCCCGGGGUGGCGGGGCUGGUGGCCCUGGGCCCCGGGGCCAACCGGGACUGCUUCGUGUGCUUCGAGAGCGAGGUGACGGCGGCGCUGGUGCCGUGCGGACACAACCUGUUCUGCAUGGAGUGCGCCGGGCAGAUCUGCCAGUCGGCCGACCCCGAGUGCCCCGUCUGCCACACGCCCACCACACAGUGCAUCCGCAUCUUCUCCUAGAGGGCCUGGGACGCAGCGAGAAGAGGGUCCGGGGGGGGGGGAGGGUAGGGCUACUGUAAGGGGUGGGAGCAAAACUCAAGUUGUCUUACUAUCUUAAAAAAAUACAAAAAAAUGGACAAACUGCAGGAGGAGCAAGGAGGAGGAGGAGUCACUCUUAAGGAUCUUCGCACACACAGGAUGGACCAGGAUGGACAACUGCAUUCAUAGACAACCAUAAUAUAAGGAUUUGAUUUAUUGCUGAUAACUCUUUGUCAAGAUGAAUAAUAAUAACGACUACAAUAAUAAUAAUAAUAAUUUUAAAGAGACUUAUUUUGUCUGCGUGAGGCGAGCUGCGGGCGGUCUGUGUGGUGGCGGCCAGCCAGGCCUCGGACCGCCUCCCAGUGGGAACAGGUGGGAGGAAACCAGUGUCUUAUCUUUCUUCAGGCCUUCGUUUGUGAGCAGUCCCUGCAGCGCUGCCAUAGUUCAGGGUCGCUGCCGUCUGCUCCUCGUCCCUACGUCUCCUCAUGCCCGCUUCUUAAGAUCUCUAUUUUGCCUGCUUCUCACAGCCUUUAUUUUGACACUUUUUAUACGCAAGAUAUUUUAUGAGGAAGCUGUCAACACUUUUUCUAGUCUUCCCCCCCCCCCCCCCCC